GUCUCUCUGCAGCUCCAUCCCAGAGUCUCCUCGCUGGCUGUUGAUGAGAAGAAGAGCGGAUGUUUUGGAGCGUUACCGUAGCAACAGCCCCGCAGACAGACAGUGUCUGGACUCGCUGUUGGAGUCGUCCGACAUGCAGAAGGAGCCGGGACACGCCCCCUCUGACAUCAUCCACCCGAGACACGCCCCCUCUGACAUCAUCCACCCGAGACACGCCCCCUCUGACAUCAUCCACCUGAAACAUCCCACCAUCCUGCUGCGCCUCUUUAUCAUGAGCUACCUGAGCGCUGCGUCGGCGUUGACCUAUUUCGGCAUCUGCAUGAACAUCGGCUCGUUCGGCGUCAGCGUCCACGCCGCCCAGUUCUUCUCCGGCCUAUCAGAAGCCCCCUGCCUGCUCGUCCCAUUGGUUCGCCUGGGGCGCCGGCCAAUCAGCAUGCUGGCUCUGUUCCUGAGCGGAGCCGCCUGCUUCCUGUCGCUGCUGCUGUCCAGAUACGACGGUGGGAUUCCGACU